AUUCUUUUCCUUCUUGGAUUUCCCUUUUUUCUUUUUUCUGAACAUUUCUUGCAUUUCCUUAAACCCAUUGUUUUCCAACAUCGUAUGCAUAAAAUAUAUAAAAGAAUUUGUGGCUAAUAUUAUUAAUCGAUUUAAAAUCUUAUAGUAACUUGUACUAAAAUCCAUUGCUCAGAGAUAACUUUAAUUGAAAAUAAAUUUCAAGAUUGUGUGAUUUUUUCUGGCAUCUUGGAAAGCCCAACGAAACUGUACCCAUGUUUUGGGCUAAAUCCAUUAGAAGCUGCAAAGGUCCGAAGCCUAUCUUCCUAAAAAUCAAGCACCGCCAUUGGUUCGCUCGGUGUGUUUGCUGUUGCUGCUGCCAAUAUUCAAGUUCUCACCACCAGGUACUCACUAGUCUUUCUCCUAUUUAAUCCAACUAAUCUUUUUCAAGUUUAGCAUAAACAAUACAAUUUUGCUCCGCGCUGUCUUUCUCUUAACUUAGAGAAAGGCCAAAUCUUUACAUGGAUUCUGGAACUCAGUCUAACUCAAUUCAAGACAUCUUUGAUUCGUCGCUGAAUCUGGAGGAUACCCACUUCAAACAAGGCUAUGAAGAAGGUUACAGCCAUGGUUUAAUCUCUGGAAAAGAGGAGUCUCGACAAGUGGGUCUCAAGACAGGCUUUGAGGUUGGUGAAGAAGUUGGGUUUUAUCAGGGUUGUGUUGAUAUCUGGAGCUCAGUUGUUCGGAUUGACCCGGAUGCAUUCUCUGAUAGAUUUAAAAAGACCGUUAAACAAAUUAAAGAGCUGAUUGAGAGAUACCCUUUAUUGGAUCCUGAGAUUGAGAGUGUACAAGAUAUUAUGGAUAGUUUGAGGUUGAAGUUUAAGGUCAUAACAGGUGGUAAUAAGGAUGUGAAUUUGGUUUACGAUGGUUAUCCUAAACCCAAAGUUGUUGACUUUAAGGGAGCAAGGAAGAUAAAAAUGCUCAAGUGGACUCUUGCUUGCUGCAAGGUCUACAUAUCUGAAACCCGAAACAAGGCUGCUUUAGCAUCAAUUGAAAAAGCUGCAAAGCUAUUCCCUCAAGCACCUAUUAUCAAUAGGUUUGAGGAUGCGACCUACAAUAGAGUUGGUUAUACUCUUGUCUCAAGCUUGGCUCCAAAGCCGUCUUCAGGUUCUUGUUCUUUGAGGAGUGCUGUGCUUGCCAUGGUUAAAGCUGCUUUUGAAGCUAUUGACUUUGAGCAGCAUUCUGGAAGUCAUCCUCGGCUUGGUGUUGUCGACCACAUUUGCUUUCAUCCUUUAGCACGUGCAUCUUUGGACCAAGUAGCAGAAAUUGCGAAGUCCUUGGCAGUAGAUGUUGGCUCUGGUCUUCAAGUUCCUACCUUCCUGUAUGGAGCUGCCCAUCAACAAGGAAGAAAACUUGAUUCAAUCAGAAGAGAACUGGGUUAUUUCAAGCCAAAUUCUGGAAACCAAUGGACAGGGGGACCAAAAGCCGAGUCCUUGCCAAUGAAACCAGAUGAAGGUCCAACUCAAACGAAUCAAGAAAAAGGCGUAGUGGUAAUUGGAGCAACCCAGUGGGUUGACAACUACAAUAUCCCCAUCUUCUCCACUGAUAUCGCCGCUGUUCGUAGAAUUGCAAAACAAGUUAGUGGGCGAGGAGGUGGGCUCGCAUCAGUACAAACCAUGGCACUUGCGCAUGGUGAUGACAUAAUUGAAGUUGCUUGUAACUUGUUGGAACCAAGUAAAGUUGGAGGAGAAAGAGUUCAGCAAGAAGUUGAAAGGCUUGCAGAGGAAGAGGGUAUGGCUGUGGGGAAGGGGUAUUUUACAGAUUUAUCACAGGAAAAAAUUAUUGAAAGUUACUUGAAGUCAAGUCCUUUAAUUUAAGUAUUGUCCUAGAGAAGGUAUCAUUCUUUCCGAUGAUAUAAUAAAAUCUGCCAAUUUUUCUGAUAA